AUGGGGUACAGGGCCUUCAGACAUUAACCAUGACCAACGCAGCUGCCACCCAGCCGGGUACUACCAUCCUACAGUAUGCACAGACCACUGAUGGACAGCAGAUCUUAGUGCCCAGCAACCAAGUUGUUGUUCAAGGUACUCAAAAAUUGUAAAGGAUGUCAGUGAAUUUGAAUUCUGAACGUCAGUUUGAAGAUGCUGCCUCUGGAGAUGUGCAGACAUACCAGAUUCGCACAGCACCCACCAGCACUAUCGCCCCUGGAGUUGUUAUGGCAUCUUCCCCAGCACUUCCUACACAGCCUGCUGAAGAAGCAGCUCGAAAGCGAGAAGUUCGCCUAAUGAAGAACAGGGAAGCAGCUCGAGAGUGUCGUAGGAAGAAGAAAGAAUAUGUGAAAUGUUUAGAAAACAGAGUGGCAGUGCUUGAAAACCAAAACAAGACACUGAUUGAGGAGCUAAAAGCACUUAAGGACCUUUACUGCCACAAAUCAGAUUAAUUUGGGAGUUAAAUUUUCACCUGUUACGGUGGAAUCAAAAUGGACUGGAUUGGCCACAACCAGAAAGACAAAAUAAACAUUUUAUUUUCUAAACAUUUCUUUUUUUUCUAUGCGCAAAACUGCCUGAAAGCAACUACAGAAUUUCAUUCGUUUGUGCUUUUGCAUUAAACUGUGAAUGUUCCAACACCUGCCUCCACUUCUCCCCUCAAGAAAUUUUCAGCACCAGGAAUCAUGAAGAGACCUCUGCUUUUCAACUCCUGCUCUCCUCAAGAAGUAAUAAUUUGUUUACUUGUAAAAUGAUGGGGGAAAUGAGGAAAAUGAAUUUUUUUAAUGAUUUCAAGGUUUGUGCUGAGCUCCUUGAUUGCCUUAGGGACAGAAUUCCCCUAGCCUCUUGCGCUGAAGUAAUUUGUGGGCCGCAUGCAUGAAGUAAGUAAGGUGCAAUGGGAAAGCGUUGAUUGCCAAACUGACUCGUUUUCACAUUUUCAUGGUGAAUUAUGUAGAACUAUUAAAAGACAAAAACCCUCAAAUAAUUUGAGUAUGGUUUUGAAGGAAAUAGGAAUGAAUUUGGGGUACUCUGUUUGCUGUUUUCUUCAGUACUUAAAAACUUGUCCUUGAUCCUUAAAAACAUCCUGUAUUAGCUACAGGGCAGUUGUUGCUUCUUAAUUUGGUUCUGUGUGUUCAACAUCUUUGAAUACAUUAGAAGAAGUAACACAACUAAAUGAAAAAGCAUGGUAUCUGAAUUUUAAAGUAAAUCAAAGUAAAUAGAAGUACAGAGCUUAUUUUAGUUAGCACUACAUCUUAGUAAAAAGAUGCUGACUAGUAAACCAAUCCCGAGUUACAUAACAAGGUUUUUAAAUAAACAUUUUGUCCUCAACAUUAAAGAUAUUUAUAUUGUCACUCAUUUACUUAAGGUAUUUCUAAUUACUGUUGCUUUUUGCAUCUAUAUUGUAUCACCAACAGGAAAGUCUUCAAGAUGUUACAGAAAACAAAAUGAUAUAUUUAUGUAAUAGGAAAAUACUGAUUUUUAAAUCCUUCCCGUAUUAACACUUUAUCAGAGAAUCUCUGAGAGUGAAUUUCUAAUUGAAAGAAGUUACAAGGAUAUGGCCCAAAAGGUAGUAUAGUUGUACAUAAGAUGAGUAAUUUUUUCAGACAUAUUUGAAUGUGUAUGGUACUACAAUAUUUGGGUUGUCAUUCUUGUAAAACAUUUUUUUGUUUUCAUCUAAAACAGAUAGUAGGUUUGAGCUUUCCAAAAUACUGUGUCGCCUUUGUCAUUUAUUAAGCAGCUACCUAUUUUAAUUCUGACAGUCUGCAUUGGUGUGUGUCAUACAUUGUUCCCAACAGUACUUCAUUUAUCAGUUAUUCAUUUUAUUUACUAAGCCUGAUAAAUUAAAAAUUAUCACUUAAAAGAAAAAUAGGACUAAGGUAGAGUUUAAAAAUUGGGAACCGACAUAAUGUUAGAUUAUAAUUUCUCAUUUGAGAAACAAAUUGCUUUUUAAGAAGUCAGAAACUAAUUAGUCAUGGGUUACUUAAGAAAUUUAAGUUUGUUUCACAUGACAAACUACAGAUACAAGUUUUAGUUACUAGUUCUGUUUUAACAGUAAGAUUUUUAAUUAAUAUCUGUAACUGUUGUCUUUUGUUUGUAACAAGCCAUUGUCUUUUUUCAAGGGUGAACAGAGUUUGUGAAGGAGCAUCAUUCUAAGCAUUGGGUGAUGCAGUCCUUGUAUUUGGACAGUUCACCAGAUUCUCAAGAAGGCUUGCAAACGGCUGUAAAGUGUGAUGUUUGUCCUGCUGAGCUAAUGGGGAAACUGGUAGCAUAAAAGUUACUUUGUAUACCAGCAUAGUAUGUCAUUUUCUAAAUUUGCUUUCACAAAUACCAAACAAAAUCACAAAUCUGUCCACAAACUGCAAUUACUUAAAGUUGAAUUGAGUAUUUUCAAUGUCGGAAAACACUAUAAAAAAUUGCCUGGUGUAUAGGAAGUUGUAUUCUCUAUAAAGCUGUCUGUGUUUCCAAAAGUUGAGGCUUUCUGCUGAAUUAGGAAGUUGGUGAUCUUCUUGGUCCCUGAUAAAUCAAGGCAAUCACAUAUCGGGUGGGUGGGUUUACAAGUUGCAGAGAACUGGUCCUUUAUACCUUCAGGAUGAUUGCACUGUUUUGAAGUCAGUUACUUAAUAGUGAGGUGAGAAAUGUAUUAAUGUUGCUAAAUCUGUUUUAGACCCUUGGAAAGACUUGAAGAUUUUAGUUUAUACAGCUAGAAAUGAGGCAUCUUUUAUGCAGUUUUUUUAAUAUGAGAAUUAUAAAAUAGGGGUUUGUUUUUAAGCUUGUAACUUUGAGAAUCUUUAUUAAGAAAAUGACGUAAUUUUUAAAAAUCCUGUAGCCAAGAACAUAUAUGGCCACAUUAUCAAUAAUGUUUUUCUCUUCAUACUGGCCAAAAGGGAAUGAAGAUGUCAUCAUAGGAGUGUGUAUAUAUGCUACUGAUUUGCCUAGAAAAUAGCAAGUUUGGAAUUGCUCACUUUGCAAAUAUAGGGCCUUGUGGCACUUUUAUCUAUAGGACAGAUUAACUCUAAUAAAAAUGAAGUGGGGAGGGGUUUAUUUUUGAUAUAUUACUAUUAUGAGUUUUCAAGCUUUGAUAGUGUUAAACUGAAAAGUGGUUUAGAAAGGGCUAGAAUCCAGUAUGUUCACAUAGUUAAAAAAUAAAAGAUGCAAUUUUAAGUUCAUUCUUUUUCAAACCCAAGUACCAUAUUGACAACCAUAAUAUUGUCAUAGGUGCUCUGUUCAUUUAGAUAUUUGGGAGGGGGCGGGGGAAAUGGCAUUUGUAUAAUAUAUGUGUACAUAUAUAUAUACAUACGUAUAUAAUCUAAAGCUCUGAGAGCUCUUAAGUCAGGAAUGCUGAGUAUUAUAGUAUAUUGAGGUCAGAUGAAAUUUUACAUUUUUGUGUCUUCUUUUGCAUCCCUUCUAGUACUUUCUAUGACUGCAUUACUCCAGCACUCAUGAUUAAUUUUUAUCUUCUAUUUUUCUUCCACGUAGUUUGUUUUAAUAGUUUUCUUUGGUUUGAUACUUUUUAAAUGUUUCUAGUCAUUUGACUCCCCCCACCACCCCACCCCCAAAAAAGUAUUUGGGUUUUUUGAUUUAUAUCUGGCAGCUAUAAUGUGGUAGGAAUGUUUUGGAAAUAACUUGAACAGAACCACUGAGUUUUCAAAAAAUCAUCCUGGGGGGCCAUUUCAAUGUUUCAGUUGAGCAGGGAUUUUUGUCAGAAAAUGUGUUUUGACAGCAGCAGUGCAAGGAUCUGAAAGCACAGUAUCAGUCAGUCAGGCUGUCCAAUCAGAAGUCAGCUGGCUGAAGUUUAUCUCUGUCUCUCAGGACCCAUCCCUACCAUCUUUGUGAUCAUAUGAGAUGACGUGGAAUCAUACAAAGGCUUAGGAAGAAAUGUUAUGUAAAUCAGGAUGUUUUUACUUACUUGAAGUGACUUCAUCUAGAUUUCUUUUCAUGUUUAGUAAGUUUAAAGCUGUGAUCAACUAGAGUCAGCUAUUAACGUAAACUGGUUUAUGGAAGGCUGCUUCACUGUACAGGAAGGAUUAAAUGAAGCACGUGAUAGAAGACAGUGGUUACAUACCUUCUCAGCUGUCACUGAGGCUUUAUUUCCUUUGUAAUCCUGAAAACUGUUGGUAUAGUAUUCCCCACUGACGUAGUACAAAAAAGUUCUGUAUUAUUUAAUUUGGAUUAUAUUUACAAUUCUUUGUAUAUGUUUGGUGCAACUUGGGCUUUUAAAAAGGAUCCAGGUUGUAGUUAUUGGUAACUUUUAUCAAUUCAUUAUCAACACACUUUUUGGUCUUUCUCUUCAAGUCAUAGAACGUUUUUAAUGGAAACUUUUCAUUGAUUUUAUUUUAGUACCUAAAAGCUAGCCUUAAAAAUGCUACAGAAGCAAAGUAUUUGGAAAUUAGAUUUGACUAGCUGAGUAAUUAAAAGUUGGGCUCAUCGCUUCUCAGCCUUUUGGCUAAGAUCAAGUGUAAAAGUUGGGCUCAAACUUUACCUUACACUUUUUCAUCAUGAAUAAAGAUUGAAGAAUAAUUCAAAUAAUUUAAAUUACAUUUCUUUCCAAUUUUAAAUGAAACUGUCCUCACCCCCAACAUCAAUAUAUUAUUAGUAUGCCUAAAUCCAUCAAGUUUCAUUUUAAACUGACUUUAUUGUCAAAAGAAAUGGUGCCUAAAUUUGAUUUCUGAUGAGGAAAAGUAUGUUUUAGUAAACCUAUAUAUGAAUUAUGGGAACUUUGUUCAACAGUUGUACAGAGCACAACUAGAACUUUUGGGUGGCUUACAUUCAUCUUGAAUACUUAAAAUGUUGACUUUGUUGACUACAUUGUCACUCUGUGUCCUAUGGAACUGGUUUGCUUCAUGCUAGAUCAGUGGCCAGGAGAGGCAUUAAUCUUUGAGGGGUUGAACAUAUCAUGAAGCUGAGUCAGUAUGGGAGACUUUCAAACAAACAGGGUGCUGCAGUUCCAUCUGACCUCUGCUGACUGAUAGGUUCUCACUAGGGAGUGAAUGUCACAUAAGCCUUUGUAUGUGUCCUUGGGGCAGACAGAGUUCAAGAGGGACCACGUAACAUUUGAAUGGAAGGAAUUAUAUUUCAGGUGUUUUAGCUUGAAAUUUAUUUUUUAAAAAAAGAAAAAUAAAAAAAAAUAGAACAAAGCCUACGAAGUAAGUUAGUAUUAUAAACAGGCAGAGUUGUUUAGCACAGAGAGAAAAUAUGGACCUGUCUGCCCUUUUGGUCCUAUGGAUGCAGGUCCCAGCUGGGCAGAAGAUGAUACAUUUUAAAUUAUUUUCACCAGCAAGUAAAAGGAAAAUGAACAAUCUACAGGAAAUGUCUUUGAAAAGGGUCAAACAGCAGAAAAUUUAAACAACCUACGUUAAUACUUGCUUAUAAAAGGCUAACAUUUUUAAGCUUCUGUCUGAAGAGCCUCUCGAUGUGAGUAAAUCUGGUAGUUUACAAAUUGGUAGGGAAGGAAGAAAAUCCCUGCAGAUAAUGAUCUUAUGUUAGUUGGCCACAUAAGAUGUUCUAUCAUUAUGUUUGGGAGGUUUUAUUUUCUUGUGUUUUUAAAAUUGAAUUGGUAAAUGCUUUAUGGACGUAUUUUUAUCCAGGUGCCACUCGAGUGUAUAUGUACUAGAAUUAUUUAUAUUAAAAGGAAAAAAUAACUUGUCAACAUGUUUCUGUGGGUAUGGAUUUAUAGGGGUGGCAAAGAGUGCUGGUUAGCAGUUCCCACGAAAAGUUGUCCUUGCCUGGUGUGUACUUGUCAGCUAUAAUCUCUGCCUUCCCCAUUCCCCAGCAAACGUAAUUAUUUUUAACCCAGAUAUAUCAUUUGGAACUUCUACAUUAAAAAAUAUUUGGCUUUUUGAGUUUCCCUUGCAGAUUGGGGUAACGAUAUCUCCCCCAAAGCUAUCAGCACAAAACAGGGUAUCAGUUUUUAACUCUGAUAUUUCUAUUGGAGUUAAAUACUAAAUAAGUAACUGUAAUGAAGGAAAUACAUUUCUAAUAAUGUCCCCUACAAAAACAUCCCUGUUUUAAUUUUUUACCUAAAUCUUUGUUUUAUGUGUAAAAAAAAAAAAUGUAGAGUCACAAUGCAUUUAUUAACACUAUGUACAUAUUAGCUGCUUUGUGUUCAGAAUGGUAGCAAUUGCUUUGUAUAUUAAAGUGAUCCUUGUGAAUUUGUGAAAUAUUGUCAUAAAGUGCUUUUUCUUACUGUAAUCUUUGUGGUAUCAACUGUCAUAAUGCCCUUUUUACAGACAUUUAUGUGCAGUCACAUAAACAUGCUUUUAAAAACUGUAAGUCUCUUUUUUGGGGGGAUGGUACCUCUUGUUUCCCACUUCUGUUGUGAUAGUUUCUUGGACUUGGGUUUAUUAAUUUUGUUAAAUGAACAUAAUUAUGUUAGACUGUAUGCCAAGAUUGCAUAGCAGUGGAAAACUAAUUCAGGCAGCAAGAACUUAUUUUCAAUUUUUGCUUCAUUUUCUUGCAAUCUGGCUUUUAGCACAAGGCUGCUUUUUGUAGUAACCCUGAACAGUGCCUACUGGAAGAUCUGAGAUGCUGUUGUCCCAUUGACAUAACUAAUGGGGACAUUAAUGACUGUGUCCAGUGUCAUAAAAUGUAUAUUUGCACUAAAGAACAGGUAGCUUUACAGGUCUCUUUAGAAUUAUAAAAUUCGGUUUUAUGUAAAAUAGAAGAGACUGUGUAGUUUGAAUCCUUGCUUAAGAUACACAAAAGAUUCCUAUAAUCUAAAGAACAUUCUGGAACUUCUGCAAAUAAGCAGUUACAUAUAUUAAGUAUCAUAUGCUUUUUCCACAAAUUAUCAAGAUAAGUCCAUUAGGCCUAGUAUAGUUGCCACUAUAGUGAAACUGUUACUUGAAUUUCAUUUUCCCCUUCUUCAGAGUGAUCACUUUCGAGUGAAAAGGUGAUGCUAACUUCAUGGGGACAAUCCUGGGGGAUAAACCAGGAUUUGCUGAGCAGGUUGGAACCUGUGAUUGUCCUACUUAUAAGCCAAGUUCAGGUGCCUGGGCCGCCAGAGAAGUCAGGGUGCCCAUCUUUUCCUGUCUUUGCUGUCACCUAAAAAAUUCACGGGUACACUUUGGCAACAAAAUGAUGAAGAAAAUUCCCUUUAGGUCUAAUAACAUCCAGUUCUCAUGCCUUUACCCAGUGAUAGCCCUUCUGCUUCUCUGAACUGGAGAUGCGUGUUUGUCAUCUCCAGAUUGCUAAACAGGUCCCCGCUGGACUUGUACUACUCUUGUUGAUCUGUUUCUGUGGCUGCCGUCUCCACCUUGUGAGCGGUGUUGCUGUUGCUGAGCACUGAAUCACCAGGCCCAGAAGAGCACCACCCAGUGAGGUCUGUCCUUGCUGUACCUUGCAAUCUCUCCACAUGCAGACUGAACGUGCUGCACUGCUGACAAGAGGGCCCAACAGCCCUCAUCAGAAAGGUAUUUUCCAGGAGUUUGAAUGCUAGUUCUUGCCUGUUUCUAGUUGAGGUGCAUUUCAUAUAACAACUUUAAACAUGAGCAAUUCAGUACAUUUAAUGAAUUCCAAGUGUUGUGCAACAACCACCUUUAUCCAGGGCCCAACACUGAUUACGAAAUAAAACCGUGUACCCUUUGGUUACUCCCCAUUUCUGCCUGCCCCUCACAACCACAUUUGCUUUUUGCGUUUACUAAUUCAAAUAAAUGGAGUCAUGUAACAUG